AUGGAAACAACAUCGAUGGAGGCUCGACAGUUGCAUUCAAGCCAAAAAGAAGCAAUGAAGAAAAUAACUGAGUUUUCAGGAGAAGUCAAUGAAAUUGAUAUUGAUGAAUGGUUAUUCGAUUUGAAUAAUUUAUUUUUAUUAAUGAAAUUAAAAGAUGAAACCAAAAUUCUUGAAACAAUGGGCAAAUUAACAGGGCCAGCAUUACGAUGGUACCAAAAGGGUUUAAAAUUCUUCAUCAAUUGGAAUGAGGCUGAAAAAGCACUACGAGAUCGAUUUAAAGAAUUUACAUCUGAUAGCCAAUUAAUGCAAGAAUUUUUUCAUAUUUAUCAAGAAGAAAAUCAAUCUGUUAUAUCAUUUUAUGAAAAUGUUAUUCGUAAAUAUAGGAAAAUCCGACAAUUCAUUACAGAACAACAAGUUAUUACAGUAUUACAAAAUGGUGUUAAUAAUUCAUUAAAGGAACAUCUAACUCGUAACGAAAAAACAAUUAAAAAAUCAGAAGAAUGGUUGCAAUUUGCAAGACAGGAAGAAUAUAUACAAAAACGAAUUAAACAAAAAAGCAAUACUUCACAUCCUGAACCAAAAAAUCAACCAUUUUUUGAACAUAUAUUACCAACUGCAACAAUUCAACCAACACCAUCGAAUACUCAAUCAUUAAGUCAACAGCCACUUACAUCACGUCAUUACUACAAAAAACAACAUCAACAACUACCAACAUUAACAAAUGAUCGCACAUAUCCAAAACAAAACAAUCAUUUAAUUCUUCAACAAAAUCGUAAAAAUUAUCCAGAAAAAAAAACAACAAUCGAAUUUAUGUUUAAUUUGCAAUAA